AUGACGACUGAAGAUAUUCCAAAGACGCACAAAGCCGUCAUCUACUCAAAUCCUGGUACUCUGGCCACUGAAGUAAUUGAUGUCGAAACACCAGAGCCUCAACGGGGAGAGAUCCUCAUCAAACUCCUUUACUCCGGUGUCUGCCACACGGACUUUGCCUUCAUCAUGAAUUCUUAUGGACAUAUGCCGGAGCCGACGCCGCAAGGUCAGAUUGGAGGACAUGAGGGCGUUGGAUAUGUCGUCAGGCUGGGUGACGGAGUGACAGAGGUCCAGUUGGGUGACCGCGUUGGAGUGAAAUGGAUCACGUCGGCCUGUCUGAUCUGCUCCGAGUGCCUCGCUGGGUUCGACAAUCGUUGUAAGAAGCGCAAGGUCGCAGGGUAUAAAACGCCCGGUACAUUUCAACAAUAUAUCAUCAGCGAUCCCCGAUAUGUCACUCCCAUUCCCGAGGGACUCUCUUCUGAGGCAGCUGCCCCUCUCCUCUGUGGCGGAGUGACCGUGUGGUCUGCUCUAUUAUACAGUGAGUGUAAGCUGGGCGACUGGCUUCUAGUAUCCGGCGCCGGAGGGGGCCUCGGUCAUCUGGCCGUCCAGUAUGCAAAGGCAUUCAAUCUGAGGGUCAUCGCCGUCGACCACGGCUCGAAGGCGGACUUUUGCAAGUCCCUCGGGGCAGAUGUCUUUCUUGACUUUACCCAAUUCAACUCGGCAGACCUUGCUACCAGAGUCAAGGAGGUCACCGAUGGAGGAUGUCAUGCCGUUAUGGUUUGCAAUGCCAGCUCCAGAGCGUACGAUCAGGCGCUCGAUUUCCUCCGGUAUGCGGGAACGCUGGUCUGCGUGGGAAUCCCGGAAGUCGACCCUCACCCCAUGCCAAAUGCUGCCCCCUUCAAGAUCAUCGGGAAUCUCUGGAAAAUAAAAGGCGCUGUGACCGGAAACAGAAUUAUGGCGAUUGAUUGCCUGCAACCGGCAGCCCAUGGUCAUAUCUUUGUCGCUGUCGUUGGCAAAGCAGUCUAUAAUGUCUACUUCCAUCCCCUUCGCCAUUAUCCAGGGCCCAAGUUGUGGGCCGCGUCUAGGCUGCCCUGGAUAUGGACUGCGAUAAGCGGCGAGAUACACAAUAAGAUCUCGGAUCUCCAUCAAGCAUACGGCCCUGUCGUCAGAACGGCCCCGAAUGAGCUGUCGUACAUCAGCGACAACGCGUGGAAGCAAAUCUACGGCCAUCGACCAGUGGAAAUGCCCAAGGAUCUCAAAGGUCCAGGACUUCUUCCAACGUUCAAGAAUACCGAAUCUAUCGUGACUGCGUCGUCGGGCAACCACCCUCGAAUGAGACGGCUGAUAUCCCAUGCAUUCUCCGAGAAAGCGAUCAGGGAACAGGAGGACUUGGUCCAGAACUUCAUUGACCAAAUGAUUUCACGACUCACCGAUAAGUGUAAAGAGGGGCGACAAGAUAUGACGUCCUGGUUCAACUGGUGUACAUUCGACAUCACGGGCGACCUGGCCUUUGGCGAACCAUUCGGGUGCCUCCAAGAGACUCAAUAUCAUGAGUGGGUGAAACAGAUCUUUCAGGGGGUGAAGGUGUAUCCCUGGAUGCAGGCCAUCGUCUAUUACGGACUGCUUCCUGUCGCUAAGCUCCUUGCGCCCAAGGAACAACAAAGGGCCAAAGAGGAAGCCGACGCCAAAGCCUACGCGAAGCUCGACAGGCGGAUCGCCCGAAAGGACCAAAUCCAACGAAAGGACUUUAUGAACUACAUCCUCCGGGAGAACAAGCAAGGGUCCGCAGGCAUGACCAUGCCGGAAAUCCAGGAGACGGCCGUCAUUCUGAUCAUCGCGGGCAGCGAGACCACCGCCACGCUCCUCUCGGGGCUUCUGUAUUUUGUCCUCCGCCAUCAAUCUGUCUACCAGCGAAUGGUGCGAGAAGUCAGAAGUACGUUCACGAGCUACGAGAACAUCACCAUGGUGACGACCAACGGGCUCAAAUAUAUGCCAGCCGUGGUCGAGGAAGCAUUCAGGCUCUAUCCUCCCUCACCCAACGCCUUUCCCCGGUUGGUGCCGGGAAAGGGGGAAGCAAUCGAGGGCCGCUGGGUUGCGGGGGGCAUGACAGUAGGAGUCCAUCCUUUUGCGGCAUCGAGGCACCCGGACAACUUUUAUCGCCCGCUUGAUUUCCUACCUGAGCGCUGGCUGGCUCCCCACCUACUAGAGAAGGACGACGUACCCGCCGAGAUGUUUGCCAGAGAUAAGAAGAAUGUCUCGCAACCUUUCUCAUUCGGUCCUCGCAAUUGCAUUGGCAAAAGCCUAGCAUACGCCGAGAUCCGCGUGAUUCUGUCCAAGCUACUGUGGACUUUCGACUUGGCUUUGGCUCCCGAGUCUGACAAUGACGACUGGGCAAGAAUUCAGAAGACAUACAUGCUCUGGGAGAAGCCCGCUUUGAUGGUCAAUCUGACGCCAGUCAAAUAG